AACGGAUAACAACUCAACACCUAACCUUACUUUAAAAAUCCCCUUCCUCUCAUCUCUUCUAUCCUUAAUUCCUCCGUACACAAGAAACAUUUUUCUUGCAAAUAAAAAAAUGGUGAACUUGGUUGAAGCACAAAAACCAUUGUUACAUGGCCUAAUGAAAUUAGCUGGAAUCAGACCUCAUAGUAUAGAGAUAGAACCAGGCACAAUUAUGAAUUUUUGGGUUCCUUCUGAAACCAUAAUUCAAAAAACGAAGAAAAACAAAAAAAUCACAACCACUACUCCUCUCUCCAACAACCAAUAUGCUAUUUCCCCUGAUUCCACCACCGAACCCGACCCGAACAAACCCGUGGUCGUACUAAUCCACGGCUUUGCCGGCGAAGGAAUAGUGACGUGGCAAUUUCAAAUCGGUGCAUUAACUAAAAAAUACUCUGUUUAUGUACCGGACCUACUUUUCUUCGGCGGAUCAGUUACGGAUAGCUCCGAUAGAUCGCCGGGUUUUCAAGCAGAGUGUUUGGGUAAAGGGCUGAGGAAAUUAGGCGUGGAAAAAUGCGUAGUGGUUGGAUUUAGUUAUGGAGGAAUGGUGGCGUUUAAGAUGGCGGAAAUGUUUCCAGAUUUAGUUGAGGCGUUGGUGGUGUCUGGAUCGAUAUUAGCGAUGACUGAUUCCAUUAGCACUACCACGCUCAAUGGUUUGGGAUUUUCAUCUUCUUCGGAGCUGCUGCUGCCUACCUCUGUUAAGGGUCUUAAGGCCCUGCUAAAAGUGGCUGCUUACAAGAAGCUUUGGUUCCCUGAUCGUCUUCAUAGAGAUUUUCUCGAGGUAAUGUUCACCAACAGAAAGGAAAGAGGAGAGCUGCUAGAAGGGUUGGUGGUGAGCAACAAAGACACAAGUAUUCCAAAUUUUCCACAGAGAAUACAUCUCCUCUGGGGUGAGAAUGAUCAAAUUUUCAAUUUGGAGCUUGCUCAGAACAUGAAACAUCAACUGGGUGAGAAGACUACAUUUCAUGGCAUAGACAAGGCAGGGCAUCUGGUUCACCUAGAACGACCUUGCGUUUAUAACAAGUGUCUCAAGCAGUUCCUUACAUCCCUGCAUGCAGAAAAAGCCCAAAAGUGAAGGACACUACUGCAAAGUUCACUAUCGUAAUAUCAUGUAACUUUUUGUCAAUGAAAAGGAAAACAACUAUGUGCUUCCUCUGUAAUAUUAGUUACUAUGUAAUUUGGGUUCAGAAUUUGAAAUCAUCAUCUUAAACAAAUAUAUACAAACAUAUAUUGCAAA